AUGGUGGUGGUGCCGACACGGAGAGGUGACACGGAGGACGCGGGAACGGACGUCGAGCGCUCGGCGCCCGCUGUGGCGGCGGCGAGGACGAGCAGGAGCCACAGCGAGGCGGAGCGCAAGCGGCGGCAGCGCAUCAACGCCCACCUCUCCACGCUGCGCAGCCUGCUCCCGUCGGCUUCCCAGAUGGACAAGGCUGCGUUGCUCGGGGAGGUGGUGCGGCACGUGCGGGAGCUGCGUGGCGACGCCGACGGCGGCGCGGCAGCCGGCGUGGCCAUCCCGGGAGAGAGCGAUGAGGUCGGCGUGGAGGAGGAGCGCUGGGACGACCGGGAGAGCGCCAAGCGCGUCAGGGCGUGGGUGUGCUGCGCCGACCGGCCGGGCCUCAUGUCCGAGCUGGGGCGCGCAGUGCGGUCCGUCAGCGCGAGGGCGGUCCGCGCGGAGAUCGCCACUGUCGGCGGGAGGACGCGGAGCGUCCUGUACCUGGACGUCGGGCAAACCAUCGGCGCGUCCCGGCCGGCAUUGCAGGCGGCGCUCCGUGCCGUGCUGCUCAGCCGGGAGGAUCAGCUGCUCGCCGUGGAGAGCUACAAGACGCAACGCUUCUCGGCGCUCAUCUCCCAAGGUUUAGGAUGA